CGAUGAAAGGAGUGGGUCAAGCGACAGAUGGGGUGAAGUUUGGGGUUGAAAUUCUAUGAGAACAUUUACUACCAAAUUUAUGCUGUAGAAAUCAUUAUGAAUAAUUUGUUGAAAGAAAUUAACAUCACAAAAGGGGUAAAUCGGAUAAGAUACCAGGCGCGCCGUGCGUAAACGUAGGCCUAUGUGGUCGUGGAUGAAUGUGCUUGGAAAGUUUUAUGUAGGCUUACCAACUAUUCUCUGUGUCUCGAUUGCGGAUGACUUAUAAAAAGUAAGACUACGUAGACCUAAGUGAGUGUGUUAUAUUAGGAUAAGUUUAAAGCCAAAGCUAGAAAGAAAAAAACGGUCAUUGAUCGUAACCAGCCAUGGCAAAGUGGUUCAGUUUCCCCAUCAAUCUGAAGAACGGGACCGAACGCGUCCGCUCAGCCUCCGAAUCCGGCCCUCAAACACGACCCAGACACGGGCUAACCCCGGGGACCAGUCUGAAGGGGAACCGGGUCAAGGAAAGUGCUGGAGGGAUGGGCUCUAUACUGACCGGGAGAAACCGGAAAAACUCGGCCAUCGAACUGGGUCGGAACGGCUCGGGUACUGGCGGGAACUCGUUUAAGGACGGUAAGAUCUGGGACAGUCUCAUCCCUGGGAAGAGUAGGAAGAAUUCCAAGCUCGAGACGGGGGCAUCUGAGGAGCAUCGGCCCACCAGGACAUCCAGUUUGGCGCAUGCGUACAUCAGCAGGAUGAUCAAGGUGGACAAACAGGACAAGGGCCCCAAAAACAGCGGUACAAGUGAACAGGUGGGAUUCGAAAACGAGAGGGGGAAGGCGGACAUCAAAUCAGCGAUGGUGAGUGGCUCAGAUUUGGUACUGACAUCUUUGUCAACAAAGUCUUAGAUUGAACAAACAAAAAUGAAAAAGGCAUUUGGCAGCAACAAUAUAUGCUAUAAUGCUAUAAUUAGCCCUACAGUGUUAUUAGGCUUACUGUAAUUCACAUUUGAUCCUGUUGUUUAUUGUGGUAUGUGUAUGGAAGCAUAUGGAAGCUCAUUAUAUUUAUAAUUAUGAGAUAAUAAGUCUGGAUCAUGGACAUUGAAAAGUCCUGCAGGCCACGACCCCUUUUAAAAAGGAAAUCUGUGAUUCAAACAAGAACAAAGCGUACUCCCCGCCACUUUAUUUGGUAAACAGCUGAGGAAUGGGGCAGGAGAAAUGUAACCACUCUUAAAUACAUAGACACAAGGACUCUCACAUACAGAUGUAGGAUCUUACACACACACAAAGGUACAGACACAUGCAUACGCACACAUAGUGAUAUUGUUGUAUGGUGCUAUUAAACAUUUUGUAUUGUAGAUAUGUAGAGGUGUAAUAAUGUUAUAUGAUGUACUGUUUUAUCUUUUGUUUUAUAUGUAAUAUAAGUGCUUUAAUAUGUUUGGACCCCAGGAAGAGUAGCAGCUAAUGGGGAUCCCUAAUAAAUACAAAAAAUAUAUAUAAUCCUGCAACAACAGGAAAUGUGAAUUAUUAUGUGGAUUAUAAUUCAUGGACAUGUUUCUCUCCCUCUCUCUCUCUCUCUCUCUUUCUUGCUCUCUCUCACACACACACAAAAGCGCACACACACACACACAAAAUGUGUGAUUCACGUAAUACUGAUUGCCUAAACGUAUUUCAUAAUUAUGAUGAACUAUCUCAUAACAAUGAUUUACUAUCUCAUAAUUAUGACUUAGUAUCUCCUAAUAAUGACUUACUAUCUCAGAAUUCUGACCUAGUAUCGCAUUAUUAUGACUUACUCUCAUGAUUAUGACGUAUUGUCUCAUAAUAACGACUUACUAUCUCAUAAUUAUGACUUAGUAUCUCAUUACAAUUACUUACUAUCUCAUAAUUAUGACUUACUAUCUCAUAGUCAGAUUAUUAUUAUUUUGGGUGGAGGGAACGAGCUUCCAUACAUGUAUGUGUGCACUGAUAUAAAGAAAGAACUGUAGCUCUGAGAGUUGUGAUCAGUAUCUCUCUCCCACCUCAGCCUUUGUCUCUACCCCUCCCUCCCCCCUCUUGUCUUUCUUUCCUCACCACACAAUGCACUGUGCUUUUAGAACCAGCUGCAUUCAUGCCACAGCGCUCGGGACCAGCCGUACAGAAAACACACAAUGAGACCUAACCUCAUUCCCCCAGUCUGUCUUCCUGUGUCCCUUCCUUUCCUUUCCCCCUAACUGCUGUCACACACACACGCACGCACUCACACACACACACACACACACACACACACACUAUACCUCUUUCUCCUCCUCUAUUUCUGCCCCCAGUGAAGGCUUUGUCUGAGGCAUAAUAUCACCUAACACUGUUGUGACUGUAGCUCUCCCACAGGUAGCUCAGAUCGCUUUGGAUCCACUUUCAUAAAGAUCAUACAGGCAGUCAGACAGACACGUAAACACUCAGACACACACAGAGCCAUGGGAGGGAAGACACACACAGAGCACAGAGCAGGGGAGAUUCCCCAAGAAACAUUCCCAGAUCGUAAAGGAGACGUUUCCAUACCAACUAGACUGUUACAGUGUAAUUACAUAGGUUAUUGCAGUUACUCUGGCAGAAGGCCUACAGUAUAAUACUGUGAAGGUUAGGUAGAGUGGCGCAGCGGUCUAAGGCACUGCAUCUCAGUGCUAGAGGCAUCACUACAGACCCUGUAUCACAAUCUGGCCGUGAUUAGGAGUCCCAUAGGGCGGCACACAAUUUGCCCAGCGUCGUCCGGGUUUGGCUGGGGUAGGCCGUCAUUGUAAAUAAGAAUUUUUUCUUAACUGACUUGCCUUGUUAAAUAAAGGUUAAAUAAAAAUACAUUUAAAAAAACCUUCUCUCCCGCUGUGUAGCUGAUUAUUCUGGAGGACUAUGCUGACCCGUUUGACGCAGAGAAAACGAGGGAGCAGAGGGAGGCGGAGAGGGAGGGAGAGAACGAUGGAUACAUGGAGCCCUAUGACGCCCAGGUCAUCAUCACAGGUCAGUCAGGUCAAAGGUCAGGGGUCAGAUCUUGUCCUGGAGAGCUACAGGGAGUCCAGGCUUUUGUUCCAGCGCAGCGCUGAUACACACUGGCUCAGUUAAUCAACUAAUCAUUGAGAUCUUGAUUAGUGGAAUCAGGGCUGGAGUUAGUGCUGGGCUGGAACAAAAGCCUGCACUCCCUGCAGCUCUCCAGAGUCAAGGUUGUAGACUACUGCUCUAAAAGGUUUUUAAAGGAUCGGACUAGAACGAGACCCUCCGCUCUCUCUCCCCUGACUUCCUUCCCUACGGGCGGUUGCUAUGGGAAUGGUGUUGUGCUGCGACAAUGGGUGCAGCUUCCUCUUGGACUUCCUGUCUCCUGCCUCUGUUUCCUUUACCCCAUUCUCUGGAAAGGAAGUUGCCACCAGUUGUUCCCCCCCCACCCCUUCCAUUUUACUUUACAUUUUACUUUACUUUUGUGUGAAAAGAACCAAAAGACCCCCACCCCCCCCCCCCCCCUCCUCCUGGUCUCACCCAAUCACUUCCCAGAAUAGGAAGAGGUCCGUUCUGUCAGCCAAUCAGGCACUGUGUUGACCUUUCUUCCCGUAGCUCCAUUGUUUAGUCACACAAUAGCCCAGACACACAGGCUACCUGACGGCCUGGCCUCCACAGACAUGUCUGACCACAUCACAAGCUACGAAGUUGUGUGUUAGACUCUCAGAAAAAAGGCUUCCAAAAGGUUUCUUCUGCUGUACCCCAUAGGAUAACCCUUUUUGGUUCCAGGUAGAACCCUUCUUGGUCCCAGGCAGAACUAUUUUGGGUUCCAUGUAGAACCCCCUGUGUAAAAGGUUCUACCUGGGACCAAAAAUGGUUCUUCAAAGGGUUUUCCUAUGGGGACAGCCAAAGAACCCUUUUAGGUUCCAGAUAGCAUUUUUUUUUUCUAAGAUUGUAGAACUGAACAAUGGAUGACAAUUAUGUCACAUCAGCAGUAAUAUUGCAAUGGCUGAGUUGAGGGUUUGAUAUCAACAUGUGACUAUGUUAUUGUUCUUAUGACUUUGUAGGUAUUCGUAGGCGGGGCUCCAAGGACCUGCUGAAGGUGUGUGUGCUGCUCCCCAAGGGAGAUGGAGAAGGGGGUAAGCCCACACCCCCCCACAUCUACGACACUCCCUAUGAGGGGCUGCUAGAGACGGAGGGGGAGGCAGGAGGGGUGUGGAUCCCUGUGACACGGCCGGAGUCAGACCCUCGCCCCCCUGGAGAGUAUGAACUACCCUGGGAGUGGAGGAAGGAGGACAUUGUCAGAGCACUGACAGGUAGAUAUAUGUUUUCCAGAGGGAGGGAGGUAAAAGGAGGGAGGUAGAGGGAGGGAAGGAGAGGGAACAUAUUGGAUACAACAAUGAUACACAAAAAUACACAGUUCUCUCUCUCUCUCUCUCUCUCUCUCUCUCUCUCUCUCUCUCUCUCUCUCUCUCUCUCUCUCUCCUCUCGCUCUCUCUCUCCUCCCGCUCUCUCUCUUCAGUCCAGUUUAAGAAGGGAAUGAGCAGUUCGCCCCCUAAAGAGGAAGCUCCUCCACCCAGCAGACAGCAGACUCUCAGUCAUCAGCAGACCCUCAGACAGAAGACCUGGAACAAGAAAGUCCUCGUCCCCUCUCCCUCCUCCCCUACCUCCCCCAUUCUCAAACUCUCUCCUCCCUCGCCUCUCUCUCAUUCCUCUCCCCCCUCUCCCACCUCUCACUCUUCUCCCACUCCCAAACUUUCCCCAUCCUCCUCUCCUCCCUCCCCCACCUCCACACCCAAGGCGGAGACAGGCAAAGUGGACCCCACCCUGCCCAUGGAGAAACAGAGGUAAGGGAAGAGGAGAAGGAGAAGGGAGAGGCUGGAUGGGGGGGGGGGGGGGGGGGGAUUGAGAUACACUAUAUAUACAAAAGUAUGUGGACACCCAUUCAAAUGACUGGAUUCGGCUAUUUCAGUCACACCUGUUACUCACAGGUGUAUACAUUUGAGCAUCAAAGCCAUGCAAUCUCCAUGCAGACAAACAUUGGCAGUAGAAUGGCCUUACUGAAGAGCUAAGUGACUUUCAACGUGGCACCGUCAUCAAAUCAAAUCAAAUUGUAUUGGUCACAUACACAUAUUUAGCAGAUGUUAUUGCGGGUGUAGCGAAAUGCUUGUGUUCCUAGCUCCAACAGUGCAGUAGUAUCUAACAAUUCACAACAAUACACACAAAUCUAAAAGUAAAGAAUGCAAUUAAGACAUAUAUAAAUAUUAGGACGAGCAAUGUCGGAGUGGCAUUGACUAAAAUACAGUAGGAUAGAAUACAGUAUAUACAAAUGAAAUGAGUAAAGCAGUAUGUAAACAUUAUUAAAGUGACUAGUGUUCCAUCAUUAAAGUGACCAGUGAUUCCUUCCAUGUCUACAGUAUGUACAUAGGGCAGCAGCCUCUAAGGUGUAGGGUUGAGUAACCGGGUGGUAACCGGCUAGUCAUAGGAUGCCACCUUUCCAAAAAGUCAGUUAGUAAAAUUUCUGCACUGCUACAGCUGCCCCGGUCAACUGUAAGUGCUGUUAUUGUGAAGUGGAAACGUCUAGGAGCAACAACAGCUCAGCUGCGAAGUGGUACGAAAUGCAAGCUGAAGUGCUGAAGCACGUAACGUGUAAAAAUCGCCUGUCCUCGUUUGCAACACUCACUACUGAGCUCCAAACUGCCUCUGGAAGCAACAUCAGCACGAGAACGGUUUGUGGACUCUGGAGCAGUGGAAACGCGUUCCCUGGAGUGACGAAUCACGCUUCACCAUCUGGCAGUCCGACGGACGAAUCUGGGAUUGGCGGAUGCCAGGAGAACGCUACCUGCCAGAAUGCAUAGUGCCAACCUUAAUGUUUUGAGUUGGAGGAAUAAUGGUCUGGGACUGUUUUUCAUGCUUCUGGCUAGGCCCCUUAGUUCCAGUGAAGGGAAAUCUUAAUGCUACAGCAUACAAUGACAUUCUAGACGAUUCUGUGCUUCCAACUUUGUGGCAACAGUUUGGGGAAGGCCCUUUCCUGUUUCAGCAUGACAAUGCCCCUGUGCCCAAAGCGAGGUCCAUACAGAAAUGGUUUGUUGAGAUCUGUGUGGAAGAACUUGACUGGCCUGCACAGAGCCCUGACCUCAACACCAUCUAACCCCUUUGGAAUGAAUUGGAACGCCGACUGCGAGCCAGGCCUAAUCGCCCAACAUCAGUGCCCAACCUCAUUAAUGCUCUUGUGACUUAAUGGAAGCAAGUCCCCGCAGCAAUGUCCCAACAUCUAGUGGGAAGCCUUCCCAGAAGAGUGGAGGCUGUUAUAGCAGCAAAGGGGGCACCAACUCCUUAUUAAUGCCCAUGAUUUUGGAAUGAGAUGUUCGACUGGCAGGUGUCCACAUACUUUUGGUCAUGUAGUGUAGCAUGAUGCCGCCAACACCAUGCUUGAAAAUAUGAAGUGGUACUCAGUGAUGUCUUGUGUUGGAUUUUCACCAAACAUAACACUUUGUAUUCAGGACAUAAAGUUAAUUUCUUUGCCACAUUUGUUGCAGUUUUACUUUAGUGCCUUAUUGCAAACAGGAUGCAUGUUUUGGCAGUGGUUGAAAAAGUACUCAAUUUUCAUACUUGAGUAAAUGUAAAGAUACCUUAAUAAAAAAUGACCCAAGUAAAAGUGAAAGUUACCCAGUAAAAUACUACUUGAGUAAAAGUCUAAAAGUAUUUGGCUUUAAAUAUACUUAAGUAUCAAAAGUAAAUGGAAUUGCUAAAAUGUAUUUCAGUAUCAAAGUAAAAGUAAAAGUAUAAAUCAUUUCAAAUUCCUUAUAUUAAGCAAACCAGACCACACAAUGUUUUUAUAUUUUUUUAUUGACGGAUAGCCAGGGGCACACUCCAACACUCAGACAUAAUUUACAAACGAAGCAUUUGUGUUUAGUGAGUCCUCCAGAUCAGAGGCAGUAGGGAUGACCAGGGAUGUUCUCUUGAUAAGUGUGUGAAUUGGACCAUUUUCCUAUCAAAAUGUACUUUUGGGUGUCAGGGAAAAUGUAUGGAGUAAAAAGUACAUAAUUUUCUUUAGGAAUGUAGUGAAGUAAAAGUAAAAGUUGCCAUAAAUAUAAAAAUUAAAGUAAAGUACAGAUACCCCAAAAAACUACUUAAGUAGCACUUUAAAAGUAUUUUUACUUAAGUACUUACACCACUGUGUUUUGGAAUAUUUUAUUCUGUACAGGCUUCCUUCUUUUCACUUUGCCAGGUUAGUAUUGUGGAGUAACUACAAUGUUGUUGAUCCAUCCUCAGUUUUCUCUUAUCACAGCCAUUAAACUCUGUAACUGUUUUAAAGUCACCGUUGGCCUCAUGGUGAAAUCUCUGAGCGGUUUCCUUCCUUUCCGGCAACUGAGUUAGGAAGGACGCCUGUAUCUUUGUAGUGACUGGGUGUAUUGAUACACCAUCCAAAGUGUAAUUAAUAACUUCACCAUGCUCAAAGGGAUAUCCAAUGUCUGCUGUGUUUAUUUGUACCCAUCUACCAAUAGGUGCAUUGGAAAACCUCCCUGGGCUCUGUGUUUGAAUCUGUGUUUGAAACUCACUGCUCUACUGAGGGACCUUACAGAUAAUUGUAUGUGUGGGGUACAGAGAUGAGGUAGUCAUUAAAAAACAGUAUUAUUGCACACAGAGUGAGUCCAUGCAACUUCUUAUGUGACUUGUUAAGCACAUUUUACUCAUGAACUUAUUUAGGCUUGCCAUAACAAAGGGGUUGAAUACUUAUUGACUCAAGACAUUUCAGUGUUUCAUUUUUUAUUAAUUUGUCAAAAUUCCACUUUGACAUUAUGGGGUAUUGUGCCAGUGACACAAAAUCUAAAUUUAAUCAAUUUUAAAUUCAGGCUGUAACACAACAAAAUGUGGAACAAGUCAAAGGGUGUGAAUACUUUCUAAAGGCACUGUAGACUGUAUAUCGUCAUAGUGUAUUGCUGUAGCCUGUACUUAGUCCUCAGCCUGAAGUGUCCCCACCUGCGCCAGCGAAUACUUAACUUUUUGAUGGCGCUGACUGGUAAGAUGCUUCAGGAGAGUGGUUAUGUGUGCUAGCAAGGCAGAGGUCCUGGGUUCGAGCCUCAGUGUGAGCCAAGUCAGGAGGAAGUGGCACUCGCUAAGCAAGCAUUCUCUAUCUCUCCCUCCUACCGUCCUCUAACUCCCCAACCCUCCCCAUAUUCCUCCCCCUAACCUUCAAUAUGACAUUCAUCCCCAUCAAUCUACUGCUCUGAAGCUCUGCAGUACCUCUAUGGAGCUCUAAAGAUUAUAUGUACUGUAUGUUUGUUUCUCUCUCUCUUUCCCCUCAUCCCUCUCUUCACCCCCCUCCCCCUCCUCUAGCUGGUACCAUGGCAGUGUGAGCCGCCAGCAGGCAGAGGCUCAGCUCCAGCGCUGUAGGGAUGCCAGCUUCCUGGUUAGAGACAGCGAAUCAGGGACCAGCAAAUACUCCAUCGCGCUCAAGUGAGUGUGUGUGUGUGUUACACUUAUUUUACAUUUACAUUUUAGUCAUUUAGCAGACGCUCUUAACCAGAGCGACUUACAGGAGCAAUUAGGGUUAAGUGCCUUGCUCAAGGGCACAUUAACGUCAUUUAGCAGACGCUCUUAGCCAGAGCGACUCACAAAUUGGUGCGUUCACCCUAUAGCCAGUGGGAUAACCACUUUACAAUUUGGGGGGGGGGGGGGGGGGGGGGGGGGGGUUAGAAGGAAUACUUUAGCCUAUCCCAGGUAUUCCUUAAAGAGGUGGGGUUUCAAAUGUCUCCGGAAGGUGGUGAGUGACUCCGCUGUCCUGGCGUCGUGAGGGAGCUUGUUCCACCAUUGGGGUGCCAGAGCAGCGAACAGUUUUGACUGGGCUGAGCGGGAGCUGUGCUUCCGCAGAGGAAGGGGAGCCAGCAGGCCAGAGGUGGAUGAACGCAAUGUCCUCGUUUGGGUGUAGGGACUGAUCAGAGCCUGAAGGUACAGGGGUGCCGUUCCCCUCACUGCUCCAAAGGCAAGCACCAUGGUCUUGUAGCGGAUGCGAGCUUCAAUUGGAAGCCAGUGGAGUGUGCGGAGGAGGGGGGUGACGUGAGAGAACUUGGGAAGGUUGAACACCAGACGGGCUGCGGCAUUCUGGAUGAGUUGUAGGGGUUUAAUGGCACAGGCAGGGAGCCCAGCCAACAGCGAGUUGCAGUAGUCCAGACGGGAGAUGACAAGUGCCUGGACCAGGACCUGCGCCGCUUCCUGUGUAAGGCAGGGUCGCACUCUCCGAAUGUUGUAGAGCACUUAUCACUCUUCAGUGAGCGCUCAUCAUGAACCACAUUACACACCCACAUACAUGGAGGGUGAGCAGCAUGUGUUGGAAUAACUAAGCCCCUAACCCUUUGCCACAGUCCAGACAUCCCUACUGUAUCCUCUAGUUAUGUUGCUAUAGCACUGCAUCUCUCCCUGUUACUGAAGUAAUAUGGGGGGGGGGAUUCUCGAGCUCAGAAGAAGAUAGAGGAGAGUAGAGAGAGAGGAGCGAGAGAGAAGAGAAAGAAGAGAGAAAGGAGAUAAAGAGAAUCCAACGAGCGCUCUCCCCUAGCUUAUAGCCCUCUCCGACCCCCCCUCUACCCCCUCUCUCUCUCCUCACUCCCUCUCUAUCUCUCCCCCCUCCUCUCGCUCUCUCAAUUCAAGGAGCUUUAUUGGCAUGGGAAACAUAUGUUUACAUUGCCAAAGCAAGUGAAAGGGUGAACAAAAGUGAAAUAAACAAUAAAAAGUGAACAGUAAAAUUACAUCACACAAGUCCUCUCUCUGCUAAGAGUGAAAGUAAAUAAAGCAGAGAGAAGAGAGAGGGAACAGAGAGAAGGGAGAGGGAGAGGCACGAGAAAAAGAGGGAAGAGAGAGAGAGAGAGAGAGAGAGAGAGAGAGAGGAGAGAGCGAGAGAGAGAGAGGAGAGAGAGAGAGAGGGAGAGAAAAAAGAGGGAGAUCGAAGAGACCUCGCCUCCUCUUCUCUCUUUUUCACUCUCUAGAUAGACGAUUUCUCUCUCCUCUCUCUCUCUCUCUCUCUCUCUCCCUCUCUUCCUCUAUCUUCCUCUCUCUCUUCUCCUCUCUCUCUCUCUCGCUCUCUCUCUCAGGACCAGUCAGUGUUGUGUCCAUAUCAUCGUGGCCCAGACUAAGGGCAGUAAGGGUCUGGGUUAUACCCUGGACCAGAGUAGCUGUGUGUUCAACAGCAUACCAGAGGUGGUGAACCACUACUGUACACACAGACUGCCCUUCACUGGAGCUGAACACAUGACCCUGCAACACCCUGUACCCAGGCCACACUGA